AUGGCGGGUCCCGGGGUCCCCGUCGGCUCCCGGCGUUCCGCGGGUCAAAUCCCGGGACUCUCGCUAGCGGGCGAAACGAGUGUGAGCGGAGAGGGCGGGUCCGCGUAUGCGCCGAAGCUGUCGAAGGCCAAGGGCGGUUGGCGCACCAACGCUCUGGUUGCCUGGGUGACAACGGCUAACGGUUCGCUGCGCGCCCGGGCGCCCGGGUUUCGUAGCUCCUCAGGUUUGGCUUUGCGGUGCCGAGGGUCGUUGGGGGUGGAGCACGUGGUCUCCGGGCAGGUCCACUCGCCCGCGUUCCCGCCGCGCGUUCCCGCCGCGCGCCCCCCGCCUUGCGCACCGGGGUCCGCCGCCCGGCCCUCCGCACGCUCCCGGCGUCCCCGGCGCUCCAGCCCCGCGCCGGGCACCGGGUGCAAGGCGAUGCCGGGCCAGGCUGAGGCGCCCCUCGGGGCCGAGGCCGAGGGUGGCGGCCGCCGAUCAACUGAACAUUCAUAUUACCAGAAUGCCAAAAGUACUGAUAGAAUUAAAGAUAGACACAAGAUGAGCUCACACAUGGCCACGCUGCACGAGUUACGGCGGACGCCCCUCCUGCAGACCAUUCACGUCCCCAAGGCGCUGGUGGACACCUGCUUCCUAAAGCAUCCAUACCUCACUGUGAGCCAGAAGCGUUACCUCUACAGCAUCGCGAAGAUCUGCAACUCCAGCUAUCUGCGGAUGCUGAUGAAAAGGCAGUACAUGCAAGUGAUUCAUCACAGCUCGCAGGAGCCAGGCGCGCCCUGCUGCCGCUGCUCACAGAAACAGCCUUCCACUGCCACCACAGGGCGCCAUCAGCUGGCGAAGGGCUUGUCCUGCACCCAGGCUGCACCCCAAGGGAGCCUACAGCAUUCCCUUUGGCGCUCCCCGAGGAACAAAGAGGGGUUAAAAAAUGGACAUGUGUCUAAAACAAGAUGUAAGUCAAUGAAGAUUUUCAGAAGAUCAGGCAAACUGUACAUGCAGCCAAUUUCUUCAAAUGACUCUGAAUCCUACAUGAAUGAAGAAAAAAAGGAGGAAGACCUACUAAAUAAGUGUAUGCAAUCUAUGUCGAUCGAAGAACAGGAAGAGCAUCUGAUGCUGGCCUGACAGUCCUGUGUGCUGGGUGAACAGCUGCAGCACAGUGCCAAAGGCGGGUGGGCGCAAGGGCUGACGCAUGCUCUCCAUGUUUAGAAUUGCAUUUUGCACCAUUAAGCCGUUAAUUUUGUUUUAGCAACUUGUGUGCAAAUGAUAUUUGUGUAAUAAAAUUUACCUGAAAUACA